UCCUUAUUAGGCGUUUCCGGGAGACGCUCGUCUGUGGUUUCAACCGAAAGUAAGCAUGUCUGAGUCCCUGGCCGCGAUCCCCGAUGUGGAGAUUGAUCCAGAUGGUACCUUCAAGUAUAUUUUAGUUCAAGUGAAAGUGAAAAACGGCGAUGUCUGCAAAAACAUUGUUCGUGGUACAAAAAGUGCCGAGUAUCACAAUCAUAUUUUUGAGAAGGUCAAGCCAGCUGUGGAGGCCUUGGGCUUGGAGUGUCACUGCCUUGGUGGAGGGAAGAUCGAGCACAAGAGUCAAGAGAAAAGAAUAAGGGUGUUCGGAGAGUCCACUGGUUUUGGUAAAGCAGACCACUCAGUUUCAGUGGAGAAGUUGAAGAGCUUCUUCAGCGACUACGAGAUCACCUGGAGCGACGACAAAAAAUAAGUUCAUUUCUUUACAUUUGCACUAUUUAAAAAGCCAAGAGUCAACUAUGUAUUUGUGUUUUUUUUAUGUCAUAAAUACACCCAAGCACAAUUAUAUCAGUGCAGGAAUUAUUUAUGUUGUUAAGGAAUGGAGAGAUGAGCAAGCCUUACUCAGAAAUAGAAUUUUACUUUUUAAUCGACUGUAAUCACUCACAAUCGGUGGCUGAGUGCCAAGCGUAAAGUCCAUACAGGAAGGAGUGAGACAUUCGGAAUCACAGACACAUCCUGUAAUUGAGAAGAAAUGUUUCAUUUUUUAUCAAAACUCAGAAGGCAAAGCGAAACUUUGGCUUCUUAUCGCGAUAAAACGUUUAUUUUGUGAGCUGUGUUCAUGGCCGUUGUUGUUAACACUCUUGCUUGACUGCCAAAAUAAAUUGAAGCCAGGAAAGUGAAACUUUGGGUGGAAAACAAAA